AUGAAAUUGCUGCUCGACUCCUCCUCAUCUCUCCUCUUCUCGCUGUUAUUGGCUCAGCUGCCUGUAUUCACGUCUGCCUCUCCAGUCCCUCAGCGGCGGCCCAGUGACAUGGAUAAACUGUCCAAUCAGACCAAAAAUCUAAUGAAGCUCACCCAAGAACUGCUGAGGGAGCAUGCGUUUGACUCAGAUGUGGAGCCCCAUAGGUUCAGAUCUCUGCCAGAAAUGAGCAACAGAUCAGCCAACGACCUCAACAAUCUUGAGCUGAAGCCCACACUCUCCCAGCUGUAUGCGGACCUGAAGCUGUAUGAGCACCACUUUGAGUGGCUAAACAGGGUUUCAAAGAAGCACCACCACCCUGCACUGCCCAAGUUGGUAGAGAUGAUCAGAGAGAUGAAAUCUCUCAUCAACAUGCUGCACCGUCAGAUGCAGAGAGUUGAAGCACCAAGGUUGGCUCCAGCAACCCCCUCCCUCCCCCCUCACCUCCCAUAUCAAUUUGAUGUCCUGCAAUCCAGCCACGAACUUCUCCAGCACUUCAGGCUCUUCUGUGAUUGGGCAUACAGAGCAUUCCUCAGCCUGAAACCCAAAAUCUCUGCAGUCCAAUGA